ACUUUAGAGGCCGCUUCUCCUGCCUCACGGUUAUUAUCCCUCGUUUGCCACCAGUCUCUGUGCUGUGCUGUGCUGUGCUGGGCCACCACCCCCCAGCCCCAGCCCCAGCCUCCCCGGUGCGGUGUGGAGUGGUGAAGCUUCUGCUCGCAGACCUACCCACAGCCUCGGGUUACAACAGCCCGAGGGAGGGGGGGGGUGGGGGCGGCUCUGCGCUGAGGCUCAGGCCUGCCUGCUGCUGCUCCCGGUACUGUGCUAUUGCCCUGCUGCUCCCUCUGCUGUGGCCGCGGAGCGGUUGUCUGCGCUCUUUGUGUUGCUGUUGUCUGUGCUCUUUGCGUUGCUGUUUGCGGUCUGGGUGUCUGUGUGGAGCGGCUCUCUCUGUUUCGCUCUGGGUGUUGUUGCUGUUCCUGCUGUGUGUGCGCGCGCGCACGCGUGUGUGUGUGUGCGUGUGCGCGCGUGCGCACGCGAGAGUCUGCGCUCGUGUUUCCCCGUCCUCCUCCGGUGCUGUUGCCGUUUCGAGGCGGGUUCCUGCUGUGCGAGUUUGCCGACCUGCACUGCACUGUGAGCCUCGCCUUAAGUCGCAUCGGUUGGGACCGGAGGUGUCGCAGCGACUUCUGCAGAGCGCGAGUCACGUCAAACUCGCGUCGGAAGAUAAACUCCCGAACGGAACGUGGGCAGACGCGUGACGGCCGGGCGGCGAUCCUACGAGAUAUCCGGAUCAGGCUUCUGCCAGCUUGGCCGGAUCUGCCAGCUUGGCCGGAUCUGCCAGCUUGGCCGCGCUCCUUGUCGCUGUGCCCCCUUUGCGUUGCUGCUUGUGCCGCUCGGCUGUUCCGUGGAGUGGGGGGGGGAUGCCUGUGGCCAUGCUGCGCGCGAGGCUGGCACUGUGGAGCGGGGGGGGUGUUAGGGCCUGUGGAACUCCAGCCCGGGCUGGCGGGACCUGGAGACGCCGUGGCUGCCUUCAAGGAUCCGGCAGCAUCUUCAGCACAGCCAGGACGGACCGCUUUGGGGCCAUCACUGUGCAUCUCGACCACCAAGACCUCCCACGGCAACUCGACCUACGCUCCUUCCAGAAACUCCUGCAUGAUUCGCUGGAGCGUUGGAGAGCAGAAGGGAGGGUGGCCGUCUGGCUGCGUGUGCCCAUUCUCCAGAGCAGGUUUAUAGCUGCAGCAGCUGCUGAGGGCUUCACCUUUCACCGUGCAGAAAAGGACUGUUCCACCCUGGCCCUGUGGCUGGCUCAGGGGCAGAGCAGGCUUCCUCCACGUGCCACGCAUCAAGUCGGAGUAGCGGGUGCUGUGUUGGAUGAAGCCAAUGGUAAAGUUCUGGUUGUGCAGGACAAGAACAAGGCAAAGAAUGCUUGGAAGUUUCCAGGAGGUUUGUCCGACCCAGGGGAAGAUAUUGGAGAGACUGCUGUCCGAGAAGUCUUUGAAGAGACUGGAGUAAAGACAGAGUUCAAGUCGCUUUUAAGCAUUCGCCAGCAGCACAAUCACCCGGGGGCCUUCGGCAAGUCCGACAUGUACAUUGUUUGCCGUCUGACACCGGUGACAUUUGACAUCGACUUUUGCCAGGAAGAAUGCGUGCGGUGCGAAUGGGUGGAUCUGGAGGAGCUGGUCAGGUCCCGGAGCACCACACUUAUAACCAACAGGGUGGCCAGGCUGCUCUUCUAUGGAUACAGGGAAGGCUUUGAGAAAAUUGACCUAACCGUGAGAGAGUUUCCAGCAGUUUACACUGGCCUUCUCUACAAACUCUAUCACAAGGAAUUGCCAGAGACUUAUGAGCGGCUGAAGCAAGAGCCAUUGAAAUAGGUUUUGGAAGAAUGUGGCCAAGAUUUUUUUUCCACCCACCCAUGUCUAGGCAAACGAGAAUCGUUCCGAGUCGAAUAAUAAUAAUCCCUUGCAUUUGAUCUGGAGCCUAAUCACGUC